AUGGAUACCAGUGGGGGCGCACGCGAUGGGCUCGAGUGGAGGGACGCACCCACGGCGAGGCGGCGCAAGAAGGAGAAACAAUACACGACCGCGCUCGGAUGCUAUGUGUUCGUAUGGCUGAGGGAGGACGAGGAGGCUGCCAAAGACGGAAGCGGAGAGCGCAGGACCGACCUGGGCGCAGCGCGGUUGGUUAUAGAAGAUGUUGAUAGGCGGAUACUGAGAGAGGGUGCCGGUGUCCGUUAUGUCAGCGUCGCCGUCGUUGGGAGAGGCGAGGAGGAGUCGCAGGCAGACGCCACCUCCCUUCCGAUCACAUCUCAGGUCGCCGACGCCAGAUGUGCGACGUCAUACACGCGACAGCCCGGUAUCGCACAUGAAGCGCCGGUCUGCCCGCACCUCGACUGCCAACAGAGCUCCACGCUGGCUCCACUCGCCUCCUGCGACCUCCGAUGGCGACAGUCGUUCAAUCCUGGGUCUGCGUCCCUGUCCGAUUGGCGGCCUUCCCGGGCGUCCUUCGUCACAUUCCCGUUCUCUCGCAGACUCUCCCGCCUUUUCACAUCAACUCGCCUCCAUCGGUCAGCCUCCUCGCAGAUGACGCGUAUCGCUGCCAAACGCCUCGCCAGCAUCCUCUCAUCGACGCAUCACCCAUGCCCGAUCCGUGCAACCCCCACUCAGCCCCCCGAGUCGCGUGAUGCGCGAGCACAGCGAUGGCUUUGCGAGGAGGCCGUCUCCUGCGGAUUCCCUUUCACGAUGGUGGGUGAUAGUGACCGUGAGGAAACACAGCGCAAAGGAUGA